AUGUCAACGAGCGCGAGCCUAAGCACGAGCACGAGCGCUAUCGACCCCAACAACCCGCCAGCGCCGACAUUCAGCGGCAACGCGACCGACAGACCAUACUGCUACGCCGCCGAGGCCAACCUCACAGUCUUCUGCUGCCCGUUCGCGGGCGGCAAGAUCGACAACGACAACGGAUACUGCAUCAACGCGCAGGCCGACCCCUGGACCGCGUGCUUCCAGCAGGUCGUGUCCGACAAUUCGACCUUCUACUGCACGCCGUCGGCCGACAGCUCGGCGUCACCGCGCGCCAGAGCGGGUAUCGUCGCGGCGGUGCUAUGGCUCGCUGUCGCUGUCCUCGCAGCGGCAUGA